UCUGCCUCUGUCUCUCUGUGUGUUUCUGUCUCUCGUUAUGCCUCUACCUCUCGUUGUCUUUGUCUCUGUCUUUUUUUCAGUAUCUCUGUCUCUUUACAUCUCUGCCUCUGUCUCUUUUUGUUUCUGUCUCUGUCUCCCUCAGUUUCACAUCCUGUCCCUCCCCAGCCACCACCACCCAGCACAUGUGGGCUGAGGGUCUUAGUCCCUUCCCUCGCAACUCCUCACCCCUGGCAGCUGCUUACGACUUCCCAGUCCUGGCCUCUCCUGCCCGCCUCUCUUGGGCCUUGGAGGAGGGGGGCCAGGGAGGAAGGGAGGGCAGCCUGGCGGGCCCACCCCUUUUUGCCUUUCCAGGCUGGGAGGCUGGGCCAGUGGGCCUUUUAACCAGCCCGGCCGGCUGUGCCGGACACCAGCCCUGGACUCCCGUGCCUGGCCCCUGUGGUCCCAGCAGCCGCCAGCCAGGCCAGCCCAGCCAGCAUGCAGCAGCAGCCCCCACCCGGGCCCCUGGCCCCUGCGGCCGAGCCAACCAAGCCUCCCUACAGCUACAUAGCCCUGAUCGCCAUGGCCAUCCAGAGCUCCCCAGGGCAGCGGGCCACACUGAGCGGCAUCUACCGCUACAUCAUGGGCCGCUUUGCCUUCUACCGCCACAACCGGCCUGGAUGGCAGAACAGCAUUCGCCACAACCUGUCACUCAAUGAGUGCUUUGUCAAGGUGCCCCGUGAUGACCGCAAGCCAGGCAAGGGCAGCUACUGGACAUUGGACCCGGACUGCCACGACAUGUUCGAGCACGGCAGCUUCCUGCGCCGACGCCGACGCUUCACCCGGCGGGCAGGUACUGAAGGCGCCAAGGGCUCUGCCAAGGCACGCCGUGGACCCCUCAGAGUGACCAGCCAGGACCCAGGAGUCCCCGACGCCACUGCUGGCAGGCAGUGCCCAUUUCUGGCGGAGCUUUCAGAGCCCAAGGGCCUAAGCUUUGGGAGCCUGGUGGGAGCCUUGCCAGCCAGCAUGUGCCCGGCAACGACCGACGUCAGGCCCCGGCCAUCCACGGAACACAAAGAGAUGCUCACGCCCAAACCUGCAGGCCCAGGGGAGCUCCCCGCAGCCACAUCGUCUUCUCCAUGCCCAGCAUUUGGCUUUUCUGCUGGCUUCUCUGAGGCUGAGGGUUUUAGUAAGGCUCCUACACCCAUCUUGACUCCUGAGGCAGGCAUUGGGAGCAGCUACCAGUGCCGGCUGCAGGCCCUAAAUUUCUGCAUGGGGACUGACUCAGGCCUUGAGCACCUCUUAGCUUCAGCAGCCCCCUCCCCUGCACCUCCCACCCCUCCAGCCUCACUGCGGGCCCCGCUGCCCCUGCCAGCUGACCCCAAGGAACCCUGGGUUACUGGCAGCUUCCCUGUCCAGGGAGGCUCUGGCUACCCACUGGGGUUGACCCCCUGCUUAUACCGGACACCAGGAAUGUUCUUCUUUGAGUGAAGCAAGCUUGGCCUUGGGCAGUCCCUGCUGGACCCCUGCCAACUACACCCUCCAGGCUGAGCCUGACUCUAGGAUCUGGGGAGUUCUCAAAGGACCCAGGCCUGGCAAGCCAGUGACACUGGGACAGGAAGCCAAGAUUGGAUGGUGAACACUCAGCCAGCUCCCAGGGCCUCUGGACAGACUUGGGGGUGAGGGGAAGCGGAGACCCCUUGGUAUUUACUCUGUGGCUCUCAGGGCCAAUAAAGCCAGUGUGAUGAUCA